UUCGUACAACAAUGCAGCUUCGGAAUAUCGUUGAAGAUCCUUAUUCAUUCUUUGAAGAAGAAUUAUUGGAAGAUAUUAAUUUUUUAGAAGACGAUCAACUUAGAGAGCUCAUUUCUGAUCUUGAAC